CUUGAUUACAAGAAUGCCACCAUGGUUGCUACCCUUCUUCUCUUCGCUAAUCUUUUCUCAAUCCAUCACUUCAUCUUUUGCAAAAUUCCCACCAUGGUACUUCCCUUCUUCAAUGAUCCGCCCCGAAACGCCGUCGUCUCCCGACAAAAACGAGCUUUACAAGACAAAAUACUUCACCCAGAUUCUCGAUCACUUCAAUUACAAUCCACAAAGCUACCAAACCUUCCAACAACGCUAUUUGAUCAACGACACCUUCUGGGGUGGCCCCAAGACUAAAGCUCCAAUCUUUGUAUAUACAGGGAACGAAGGCAAUAUCGAAUGGUUUGCUCAAAACACUGGCUUCAUGUUCGAUAUCGCCCCUGAAUUCAAAGCCCUUCUCGUUUUCAUAGAGCAUAGGUACUACGGAAAAUCAAUACCAUAUGGAGGUGAUAGAAAGAAAGCAUAUAAGAAUUCAAAGAGACUUGGAUUCUUGAGCUCAACACAAGCAUUGGCUGAUUAUGCCACCCUCAUUAUUGAUCUCAAGAACAACUUGACAGCCAUGGAUUCUGCUGUUAUUGUCUUUGGAGGUUCCUAUGGUGGAAUGUUGGCAGCAUGGUUUAGGCUCAAGUAUCCACAUGUAGCCAUUGGAGCACUGUCAUCUUCUUCACCAAUCCUCCAAUUUGAGAACAUUACAUCUCAAUACACCUUCAACAACAUCAUUACCCAAGACUUUAGGAGCGAGAGUGAAAACUGCUACAAAGUAAUAAAAGGGUUGUGGAGAGAAAUCGAAGACACGGCUGGUUCACCUGGGGGACUCGAAUUACUUCGAAAAUCAUUUCAUAUAUGCAAAAAUUAUAUUAGCGGAAGUUAUCUUGAAGGUUGGCUUUCAUCGGCAUUGGUGUAUGUAUCAAUGACGGAUUAUCCAACGCCCUCUAAUUUUAUUGCUCCAUUGCCGGCUUAUCCGAUUAAACAGAUGUGCAAGGCAAUUGACGAUCCUACCCUCGGGAACGACACAUUUGCAAAGAUGUAUCAAGCAGCUAACAUCUACUACAACUACACCGGAGACGUCAAGUGUUUUGAUCUUGAUGACGAUUCGGAUCCUCAUGAUCUUGGAGGAUGGCAAUGGCAGGCUUGUACAGAGAUGGUAAUGCCAAUAAGUGGAAACAAGGAGGAGAGUAUAUUUCCAGCCUCAACUUACAGCUACACGGACCAUGUCAAAUAUUGUGAAGCAGCUUAUGAGAUUCAGCCCAGGCCCACUUGGAUUACCACAGAAUUUGGUGGCCAUGAUAUUACGAGAGUGUUAAAGCGAUUUGGUAGUAAUAUUAUUUUUUUCAACGGUUUACGAGACCCUUGGAGUGGUGGCGGGGUGCUUAAUAACAUAUCAAAAAGCAUUAUUGCGAUAGUUGCAGAAAAAGGGGCUCAUCAUGUUGAUCUAAGAUUUUCAACUGAUAAAGAUCCAGAUUGGCUUCGAGAUGUUAGAAAAAGAGAAAUUGGUAUCAUGAAAGACUGGAUUUCUGAAUACUAUCACAUGCAUUCUAGCUAACUCAUGUGCAUGCUAGUAGCAUACGAACCAUCCAUAUCAUAUAUGCCUAUAUCUGCCUUUCUUUGUAAAUUAGAUAUUUGGUCACACUAUUAUUAAUGUUUUCUUCUACUGAUAAUUUAUCAUUUCCGGUUUACUUUAAACAUUUAUUUUAACAGUUACACAUUCCUAGCAAGUAGGCAACUGGUGUAUAAUGGGUUGUUUGUUUAC